AUGCGGCUGGCCCGGCCCGCAGCCCAGCCUGCCCCCGCAGGACACGGGGAACCGCAGCGGCACGAAGUGUCGGCCAACGAAGGGGACGCCUACCCGCUGGGAGCUCUGCCCGUCGGCACCCUGAUCUGCAACCUGGAGAGCCACCCCGGGAAGGGAGCGCAGUACAUCCGAGCGGCUGGGACCUGUGGGGUGCUGCUGAGGAAAGUGAACGGGACGGCCAUCGUGCAGCUGCCCUCCAAGAGACACAUGCAGGUGCUGGAGACCUGCGUGGCCACGGUGGGCCGCGUGUCCAACGUCGACCACAACAAGCGGGUGAUCGGGAAGGCGGGGCGGAACCGCUGGCUGGGCAGGCGCCCGCACACCGGCUUGUGGCACCGCAAGGGGGGCUGGGCGGGCCGCAAGAUCAAGCCCCUCCCACCCAUGAAGAGCUAUGUCAACCUGCCACGGAUCGGGGCACAGGAGUGA